AUGGUGAUGAGGAUGGUGGUGGUGAUGAUAGGUAUGAUCAUAUGAUGAUGACGAUGAUGGUGAUUAUAGUGAUGAUUAUGAUGGUGAUGAUUAUGAUGGUGAUGAUGAUGGUGGUGAUGAUAAUAAUAGUGAUGAUGGUGAGAUUAUUCUUCAUUCUUCUUCGUUAAUUUCUUCUAAUUCUAACAUUUUAUUUCUCUGGUUUUAGGUGUUCCAUGCGGAGAUGCAUUCAAAAAUUUCUGUGAGAAAUGUGUCAUGGUAAGCAAAUUGAAAUAAUCGACUCUACUUAACGUUACGCUAACUAAAGUAUACCAAACGGUACUGGUACGUGCCUAAAAGCAAUCUAGAGAUCUAACGUUUUGCAAAAAACUAUCUUGUCAGAAAGCUCAAACAAUUGCGAAUUGCAUGAGGAAUCGUACCCCAGUUACAAAGUUCACAUGCUCAGGAACACGCUUAGUAGAGAAACGAUAGCGCUGUCCGUUCUAAACUAAGUUAGUUUAGUUUAAGUCUUAAACACCUCUUUGUUUCAUAAUCCCAGGGUGGAACGGGCAAGGAUGCGAACUAUGGUAAGGAUUGCAACAAUGAGUGCGGUGGGAGCGCUCGGAAUGACAGUUGUGGUGUUUGUAGUAAACCUACCGGAGAUCGUAGAACUUCAGCAUUCGCUGACUGCAAUAAUGACUGCUUUGGAACAGCUGUCAAUGAUUCGUGUGGCAACUGCGCUGGCGGAAAGACUGGGAAGCAAGUUGAUUACGCUAAAGAUGCUUGCGGUUAGUGUUUUUGUUUCUUUUUCAUGCAGGGCUUUCACAAUUAUUCUAGGAGUCUUACUGUCGUUGCAAUGGAAGUGUUGGUAAAAUAUCGCAUCAAUUCAUUACUUAGAGCUGAUCAAUUCAUUCGUUGAAAAAUUGAUCAACUUCCUGUGUAUUUGAAUCAAGCAAUGGCUUUACGUUUCAGUGACUGAUUGACCAAUUGGGAACAAGCAUGCCAGUAAACAGGAAGUUGAGCAAUUUUAGGUAAUGAAUUGUUGCAUUAUUUUAUCAACACUUCCAUUGCAACGAUAGUAAAGUCAUCUAAAUUAACUAUAGGCAUAAAUGUAUAUUGAUUAGAUGGCAACACAACAUUCUGUAACCAAAUUAUCAUUAACUACUUUCUUUCUUCAACAAGGUAAUUUCAAGAUUUAAGAUGGCAAAUAACUAAAUCAGUACAACCUUUACAUACAACGAAAGAGUACGAUUUAUUUUCGAAAAUAACAACUGUAGGCUAUAAAGUAGAUCAGAUUGAGGAAAAAUAACUUUGUUUGAAAACUUAUAUAGUGAAGGAAGGAGAGCAGAAUUGAUAUUUUAAGUACUAAACAAAGUAACCGGUGGUAAACCUCGUGGCUUCCGCCGGUUUAUUUUGAAAGCCCUGUGUUUUUUAGUGUUUUGGUUUGGGGGGUUACACGAGCCCUGCAUAAAGGGCUAGCCCUACAAGUAAGGGUUGUUCUAACAGUUAUAUUUCGCUGCUGGCAGAGGUCAGUUAUAUAAGAAGAGCUUAAAAGUUGUGCUUAAAUUCUUUCAUUUCUUCCCAUCCAGGAAUCUGCGGAGGUGACAACAGUACGUGUUUGGGAUGCGAUGGUAUUCCUAACAGCGGCAAGAUCAACGAUUCUUGUAAGGUGUGUGGAGGGGAUGGUUCAACAUGUACUGCCAUAUCCACCGUUAACCCCUCGCUGUUACCCACCACCUCAGACUCAGGCCGAACUGUCACUGUUUUGGGAGCAGGCUUGGACGGGUCGGCUAUAAAAUGUUUGUUUGAUGGCGAUGAGAGUCAAGGUUAGUACAUGUCUGUGUUUAAAAACCGCCUUUGGACUGCAGUUUCCUUAUAUAGAAUUGCUCUCCAUUAAGUAUUAGGCAUUUUAAUUUUAACCAAAGCAAAUGUCAAUACUCUCUUUCUCAUCACGUUGUACUGGUACCAUCAUAGAUAUCUUAUAUACACUACAGAUAGCGCAUCUCUUUUAGUAAAAUUGAAGCCAAGAAUAUUCCAGCGGUUACCCCCAUUUGAAUAGAUGGCGGCCAUGUUGAAGUUUCCCACUCGCUAAUAAACGCUUAAAAAACAACAAUAACUUUCAUCAUUUGAAUAGUUUGAAAAUGUAUUUGGAAUAGGUUUAACUUAAUGUUUAAGUUCCCUGUUUAAGAAAAAGAAAACAUACGGGUCUUCUCAUUUCAUGGGAAUAUCCUGAGUCUGCAAUCACGGCUUCAAUUUUUGAAUUGCAAAAUAAUUAGAUGCACUAUCUAGUGUACAUAAGAUAUCUAUGGGUACCAUGUUGUACAAGGGAAACAUGGAUCGCGAUUAGCGGAACUUCUACUGUCGAUUUUUUGAAACGACUUAAUUGAUUUGUGAGCUCACGAGAAAAUACUCAAAAUGCUUCAGUCAAAUAUAUCGAGGUUGUUUGCAGCCAUAUUUUCAUUGAACUUUAACAAGCGAAUUUACAGUACUGUGUUACAGCAUAUCAACACGCGUUUAUUCAUUCCCCAGGUACGGUUAUAAACAGGACGCAUUGCCAAUGCACCAUUCCAAGCGGCAAAACAGCCGGCGGCAAAACAUUCACAGUUAAAGUUGUCAAAGACAGUGGAGACGUUGCUACAGACGACCUAACCAUCACCCUUUAUGAUUCAACAACUACGAAAAUAACCUCACUAACCCCAUCUGAAGUGUUGACAGGAAUGGACACAUCCGUUACCUUUGCUGGGAAUGGUUUUGUGGACAGCAGCAGUGCAGCGUGUAUUGUUGCUGCUGGUGAAAAGAAAAUGUAUUUUCCAGCAACAUUUCAAAGUGGAAGCUAUAGUUGUAGACUGCCUGCUUCUAAAAAAUCCAUGAGUAUUACCCUGGCGUUGUCUUUGAAUCGCAUACAUGAG